GUGUUUCGUGGUUGAGCUUUGUUACGGUCGAUCUGAUUGGGACAUAGCGGCGUUAUAGAAAGAGGUUCAAAAUGGCGACCGGAUGGAACUGCACGUAUCAAGAGGUGAGAAGCCGACUCACGAUCGAUACAGAACUUAAGGAAGUACACUAUCGAUUCGAAAGCCAACCUUCAUUACUCUCGACUAGUGUGCCGUAUACUAGAGCCGCGAUGAAUUGACGACCACGGAAGGAAAAAUUAAGCAUGGAAUUGUGAUGUUGGUUCAAGAUUUCCAAUUUGCUUAGAGAAUACACAGAAUUAUCCUGAGAAUCAUACUAAUCAAGCACGCAGUUUCUUGACCCAGGGACUGCCACGUCUAGACCGGUUAUGGGUUCAUGAGUCUCCUGUCCACUGACGACCGGGAAAAGAGCCGCCAGAGUGAGAACCUAAUCACCCCCAAUCUAGUGUCAAGGCUAAGAAUGCGUGGAGCUGUAUAUCCGCCACCACACACGUCUCCGGGCGUGGUGUUAAGCCACGGUCCAGAUUCCACUUCAUCCGUAUUCUGCAGAGUUCUAACAACUUUCAUGUUUUGUUUAAAAAGUGAAGCCUGUCUGUUAUUCGACCACAUUAGUACGUCACCAACAGAAGUUUAAUGUCAGCAUGAUCUUCUUGAACUGUUUCGGAUCCACUCAUACCUUCCUCCGCAUUCUAUUAACCUUACAGACCGAAGGUGCUAUUGUUCCCCGCUGUAGGCAUUCCACACUAUCAUUCCCUAUCGCUCGUUUUCCCCUCUUAUAACUUCCUUUAUUUAUAUUCGCUGUUGCUGAGGAAGUAAAGAAAAAAGCAGAGUAUUUAAUCAGACCUUGUGCGCGGCUGGCAGUCGCUGACGGAGGGGACCGCGUCCAGUCGAGCGCCAGGCGAUAACUUGUGUGGCAGUCAGUAGCUGCUCGUUCGGCGACCAGCAAAGCAGCAGAAUCGUGCGAGUGCGUGAGUGUGUGUGUGCGUCAUGGAGAAACACGAGGAAAACCAUAUCGGCGAGAGUCAGAAACACGAAGGGACCUCAACUGUACCACCAGAUGGUGGCACCAGGGCAUGGCUUGUGAUGAUCGCAAGUUUCCUUUGCAAUGGAAUCCUAUUUGGAGUCAUUAACACGUACAGUGUCAUCUAUGUGGACUUACAGAAGAAGUUGGAAGAUAAAGGUAUAACCGAGGCGUCUUCAAAAGCAUCACUCGUUGGAUCUCUUGCGAUUGGGUCAACAUUUUUCUUCUCCCCUCUUGCUGGAAUCAUCACUGAUAGAAUUGGGAUCAGAUGGACAACGUUUGUGGGCGGUGCAAUGGCGUCAGGCGGAAUGCUUCUCUCGUCUUUCUCAAAUUCAGUGGAGUUUCUCUACCUGACAUAUGGUGUUCUGUUUGGGGUCGGUGCCUCACUGGCAUACACACCAUCACUUGUUAUCCUUGGCCACUACUUCAAGAGAUAUUUGGGUGUGGUAAAUGGCUUUGUGACAGCAGGGAGUUCUGUUUUUACAAUCGUAAUGCCAUACGCCCUGGCUUUCCUGCUCAAAACAGUCGGACUGGAGGCCACUAUGCUGUUCAUGUCUGCUCUGAUAGCUGUUAUCAUGGCCUGUGCACUGCUGUUUAAACCUUUACCAGGAGCCAAUAUUCCACCAUCACCAAGUCGCACAUCUAGGCUUUAUAAGCACGGUGUGUGGAGCUGUGUAAGGAAUGUCAUCAAUGUGGACAUAUGGAAGAAGAAGAAAUACGUGAUCUGGGCAUUGGCAGUGCCGUCCGCACUGUUUGGGUAUUUUGUGCCGUAUGUACAUAUGCUGAAGCUGGUCGAAGAUAAUUUCAAGGAUGGAGAUGGAAAGAUUCUUGUGAUGUGUCUAGGCAUCACAUCUGGCUUGGGAAGAUUAAUAUUUGGAAAGAUUGCAGACAUCCCAAGAGUGAACAGGAUAUUUUUACAACAGAUUUCAUUCAUCUUAAUUGGAGUGUUAACAAUGUUGCUGACUGUAACAAACAAGUUUGAACUCCUGGUUGUGAUAGCACUAUUUAUGGGGCUGUUUGAUGGCUGUUUUAUUAGUCUUCUUGGCCCAAUAGCAUUUGAAAUUUGUGGUCAGAAAGGAGCAACGCAAGCAAUUGGUUUCUUGCUUGGUCUGUGCUCCAUUCCCUUGACAGUGGGACCACCAAUAGCAGGGCUAAUAUACGACCACACAAAAUCCUACACACUUCCAUUCCUACUGGCAGGGAUUCCCCCUAUUGUAGGGGCUCUGAUUUUGUUCCUGGUAUGUUGUGUUCCGGAAGAAGAUACCUGUAAAAGACAGCCAUCACUGUGUUUAGUGGAGGCGCCUCUGCAUGACUCCGCUAUUACACCACUUCAAAAUGAUGCUGGAAAUAGUGACGAAGGUAUGAAACUCUCCACUGUUGCAAAUGGAGUGUGCAGCAAGUCAGCGUCACCACCUCCCAGCUAUAAGGAAGCUAUGGCAGGUAUGUGGGUCCAGAUUCUAUCGAGCUCUGUCACCACACCCUGUCAUAUCCCUGAAUGCCACCAUUUGUUAGCCAGGGAGCGACAUUCCUAUUCUCUAAACCACUGCCACAAUAAUAAACAACGAUGUUAUAGCUAUUCUGUGUUGUAAGUCCUUUUCUGAGGUUGUGAUAUGUUUUAACGAUACGUGUGUUCUGUUAUGGCUGUGCCAUUUAAUGGACUGAAUAAUCAGUUAGUCAUUUCUCAGCUGAUUUUUUCUAUUAUAAUAAUAAUUAUGAACAAAUUCAUUCCAGACAACAUAAAAUGAUAAUAAAUAUUUUAUGUCAGCAGUUUCUUAUACUAGAAGAUUGGAAAACAUUAAUUUUGGAACAACUUUAAAGCAGUUUAAUCUGAUUGUAACAUGCCUAUAUGUAGACCAUUCAAAUAGAUCUUUAAAGUGAUAAACUUUUUAACUCCAACUGUGAAACACUCGAAAUAAAGUAACUCUUUGUCACUCCCAAGUUAGUCUUUGUACCUGUAAUACAGUUAUACUGGAAUGAAUGAUACAUCAAUUCCUGUCACAUAUUAUGUGCAGUUGAUAAAAUUGACUGUAUGGUAAUUAAGUUAUUUCCAUUAUUUUAUUAUGAAGGCCAAUUCUGCAACGACUCUGUUCACAUAAUUUUAUCAAGACUGUUAAUGGAACUCAGUCUUUUUAAAAAAAUAUAGUUUCUGGUGACAAGGCUAUUAAGCAUGCUAGUGUAGGAUAUUUGUUGCUUCCAGUCACAGAAGUAGGUAGUGUAUUUGCCUGAAUUUUUUUUUUCUGUCCCACUACACGCCAUGCAGGUGCCUUGGGGGGAAUGGAGGUAUAGCUCCUACUCUUUCUUGACCUUGGCACUAGAUGGGGUGAGUGGUCAGCAUCAAGCCCCGGCCUUGCUUUUACCCGUGGGAAAAGACCCCGGUACCCAUUGGAUAGGAGGCUGGGUGGGCUCCAGAGCCGGUCUGAACGCAGAGGCUAGAGGAAAAAUCCUCUGCCCCCGCCAGGGAUUGAACCCCAGUCGCACAGUCCGUAGCCAGUCACUAUACUGACUGAGCUACGCUGGCUCAUGUAUUUGCCUGAUUAUAAUACACAUAUUUUUCUCAUCAGAUACUCAUGUAAAAUUCACAUCAUCCCUGUGUUAAACAAUGAACUUUUCUGUGUUUUGUUUUACAAAAUACCUAACAAUUGAAUGUGUACAAAUAUAAUCCAUGGUCAGUUUCUAUGUGAUGUUGGGGGAAAAUGAAGUAUAUAUUAUAUUCUGGCAAAUAUAGCAAUGGAGUGUGGUCUUGAAAUAAAUAGUUUCAGUGCAUGGUAUGUUGCAUAUUUGUUUUUUUAAAAAGUAUUUUGUGAUUUAAUAAUAACCUCUUUAAGAAGACUGUCUUGUAAUCACUUUUUCUUCUAUGCUGUGUUACAAGUAGCUGAAUAGGUACACUUAUCUUAUACUAGAGUUCAUAUCAGUAACUCAGUAUGUGUUUGCUCCUGCUACUGACUUUGUAUGCCAUUCUUUCUUUCAUAGGCUUGCUAACAGCUUAAAAACUAUUGUUUUAUGUUUUCACUGUUAUAAUAUGGUGAAUUUGAAUUAAUGUAUGACUGUUCAGUGUUUUAAGGGCAGUAUAUGAAAAUACCUUAAGGCUACUGAAUGAUAAGUUAACAAAUGUGUGUGUGAAUACCAUUGGUUAAUGUACUGAAUACUAGACUUUGACACCAUAAAAUGUGAUAUUAAGUGCCAAACAUCAGUUUGAUAAAAUAUUUUAUGUUGAAUAUUUAUAAGUUUCAUGUUAUUAAUUGUGACUAGAGUAUAUUUUAAUGCUACAUCAUACUGUAUUUUUU